AUGGCAACCGAACCUGACCCUGAAACCGACUCCACAUGCCCGGAGCUGCUCUUGGAGGGAGGGGGGAAAGAACAGCAGUCUGGGUCACCUAGUAGCACACAAGCCAAAGGGGAUAACUCAGCCCCAGCCACAAAACGGGAUAUAAGGCAAUUACUGCAAGAGAUUAAGAAGAUGUUUGAUGAUGACAUAAAUUUGGCUCGGACAGAGACGCAGGCAGUGACGGCAUGGGUACAGGCCACAAAGGAGGACAAUGGAUCUACACCAAGAAGUUUAAAGCUUGGGGGAUACCCUGUGACAACUACAGUCUGCAAACACAAUAUUAUAAACUACACUAGACACUAUGGAAGACUGCAGUUGACACACAAACGUCAAAAUUCAGAGGGUCUCAGACUCGAUUGGCCCAACCGAAUUCCACAAUACCUGAGAUGGCUCACAGCAGUGCUCCUGCCACACACCCAAGCUAAAAAACUUAAUUUCGACUGCAAUUUUUGCAUCAAGAAAGCAAAACAGGCACCCCCAGCAUAG